AUGCACGAACAAGAGGAAGAGGACGAUAAUCUUCCCAUCACCCGGGUUGAGCUGCUUACCGACCAGAUGCACUCGAAAGCCUUACCAGCAGAGCCCUUUGUCCUCCUAUUGCCAGCCAGGAUACGCAGGUAUGGAUUCCACAAUAAAAAGUGGAGCUGGCUACUCGAGAAGCAUAUCUGUGAGAUUGAGUGGAACAGAGACAUAUUCGAGAACCACCUAGUGCUCCCGGAGAAUAAGAAAGACCUCAUUCGAGCUUUGAUCACCGUGCAUGCUGGGAAGCAAAAUGCCAUCAGAACUGAGUUCAUGGCGGGAAAAGGAGAGGGGCUCAUAGUCUUGCUACAUGGAGGGCCUGGCACCGGCAAAACUCUCACUGCCGAGAGCGUGGCAGAGCUUGCAAAACGACCACUUUAUCGAGUUACUUGUGGCGACAUCGGCACGGAACCUCAGGCCGUAGAGGAGUAUCUAAGAUCGACGGACAUGCAACGCAACGCACUCGUAUCGGUGUUUUUGCGGGUACUGGAAUACUACGACGGCAUUCUUAUUCUGACAACAAACCGUAUUGGGACUUUUGACGAAGCCUUCAAAUCUCGUAUCCAACUGGCGCUCCACUACCCCCCGUUAGACGCUCAGGACCGAAAAGAAGUGUGGCGCAACUUUAUGCAGUCACUCCAGAAGGCAGGGGAAGUUGCCGAAUUCAGCAACAUUGAAGAAAAGCUCGGAAAACUCAGCGAUUACAAGAUGAAUGGGCGACAGAUAAGAAAUACAAUCGACAAUGCACGGCAGCUAGCCCUUUACGAGGGAAAAACCUUGGCAUAUAGCCACAUUCACAAAGCUCUGCAGGUUGUGGUUGAUUUCGAAAGUUAUGUAAGGGAAGUACACGAGGUUGAUGAUGAAGUGCGUGCAAGAGACAGUGGUACACGCUAG